UUUUGGAAAUCGGACGGCUGAGAUAUCAUUUUGAGAAAGCUGUGAAGCUCCAAAUUCCAAGGCUGGAUUGUGUUUCUAUAAAGCGCAGACUUUUUUUAGAACAUGCGGCCGUAUUUGGUGCCUUAAACAAGGCGGCGUCGGAUAGAGGAGCGCCGCCGCAUACGACGGCGGAAGAGAGUGAAAGCGCGGAGGAGAUGGGCCAGAGGCUGAGCUGCAGAGCCGGCCAUGAAAAUGGGUUUUUCAGAGCUAUUGAGUUGGGUGAAUUGGAAACCCUAAUUUCUCUGCUGGAAACAAACCCUUCUCUCAUACACCAAACUUCUCCCCACACUCGCGAUUCUGCACUUCAUUUUGCCGCCGCCCACGGCCACAUUGAGAUUCUGUCUCUGCUUCUGGAGCGAUAUGCGAUUAAUCCAGAUGAGGCGAAUGGUAAAAAACAGACGCCGCUGAUGUUGGCUGCAAUGCAUGGCAAGAUCUCAUGUGUUCAAAAGCUUGUUGAAGUGGGAGCAAAUAUUUUGUUGUUCGAUUCGGUUGGGAGGAGAACUUGUUUGCAUUACGCGGCUUACUAUGGCCAUUCUGAUUGCCUCAAAGCCAUUCUGUCAGCUGCUCAUUCAAGCCCCAUAGCUGUUUCAUGGGGCUAUGCACGGUUUGUGAACAUUAGAGAUGGGAAAGGGGCGACCCCGCUACAUCUGGCAGCACGUCGGAGACGAGCAGAAUGCGUUCAUAUUCUGCUCCAAAAUGGCGCCCUUGCAUGUGCUUCAACUUGUAGAUACGGGUUUCCAGGAAGCACGGCUCUUCAUUUGGCUGCCAGAGGAGGGUCUUUGGACUGCAUUCGGGAACUCUUGGCUUGGGGUGCCGACCGUCUUCACACCGACUCGGCUGGGUACGGACAUGCAUCUCAUUUCUUCAUUUCUUAA